AGUCUCAAGCGACCGGGCUCUGUCUUUUGCUCACCCGCGAGCAAUGCGGCCAUGUCGGAUUUCGGGAACCUCUGAAUUCAGAUCCCACCUCAGAUCUCCAGCAGACGGAACUCUUGCCUAGGGCAGCAAGAAACUUCAACCCGUUCUUAAAACCUAUGUAUUAAAGCAGGCGGUAUAGAAGAGAUCACCUCCCAAGGCCAGUUGUCCAAGAUGACUAACAUAUCCUAUCACAUCUCCAACCUCCUGGAGAAGAUGACAUCCACCGACAAAGAUUUUAGGUUUAUGGCUACCAAUGAUCUGAUGAUGGAGCUGCAGAAAGAUUCCAUAAAGCUAGAUGAAGACAGUGAGAAAAAAGUGGUGAAAAUGCUUCUAAAAUUGCUUGAGGACAAAAAUGGGGAGGUUCAAAAUCUGGCUGUCAAAUGCUUGGGGCCUUUAGUAAGCAAAGUGAAAGAAUAUCAGGUGGAAACUAUUGUUGACACGCUGUGUACUAACAUGUUAUCGGAUAAGGAGCAGCUCCGGGACAUUUCCAGUAUUGGGCUGAAGACAGUAAUUUCUGAAUUGCCCCCUCCAUCAACAGGUUCUACCAUGACAGCCAAUGUAUGCAAAAAGAUCACAGCUCAACUGACGGGAGCCAUUGGAAAACAAGAAGAUGUUUCUGUGCAGCUUGAGGCUCUUGACAUCUUGUCAGACAUUUUGAGCAGGUUAGGGGGAACUCUGUACUCCUUCCAUUCCUCCAUCCUGAACUGCCUCCUCCCUCAGCUCACGAGUCCCAGGUUGGCUGUGCGCAAAAGGGCCAUCAUUGCCCUCGGUCACCUGGUCUUGACUUGCAAUGGGAACAUCUUUGCAGAGCUUAUGGAGCACCUGUUAGCAGAGCUGAAGAGGAACAACUCCACUUCUACUACGAGAACAUAUAUCCAAUGUAUUGCUGGCAUCAGCAGGCAGGCUGGACACCGCAUAGGAGACUAUCUGGAGAAGAUGAUCCCACUAAUAGUUCAGUACUGCAAUGUUGAGGAUGACGAGCUGAGGGAAUACUGCUUCCAGGCCUUUGAGUCCUUUGUGAGAAGGUGUCCCAAAGAAAUUGGCCCUCACCUUCCUAGCGUGACUGGAUUGUGCCUCAAGUAUAUCACAUACGACCCGAACUACAACUAUGACAAUGAGGAGGAGGAUGAAGAAGAAAUUAUGGAAACUGAAAAUGGGGAGGAUGAGGAACAAGAAAGCGAUGAUGAGUAUAGUGAUGAUGAUGACAUUAGCUGGAAAGUUCGCCGGUCUGCAGCCAAGUGCCUUGAGGCUAUUGUCAGUACCAGGCAUGACCUCCUGCAGGACUUCUACAAAACGCUCUCACCGGCUUUAAUAAGCCGGUUCAAGGAAAGAGAGGAGAACGUUAAAGCGGAUAUCUUCUGUGCUUAUAUCUCUCUCUUGAAGCAAACCCUGCCCAUUCAGAGCUGGCUGCACGCUUCAGAUGAAGCAAGCAAGGAGGAUAUCCCUCUCACCAUGCUUCAGAACCAGGUUCCAAACAUCAUCAGGGCUUUGCACAAGCAGCUCAAAGAGAAGAGUGUCAAGUCGAGACAGGGUUGCUUCACUCUCCUGACCGAACUGGCAAACGUCCUCCCUGGUUGCCUUGCGGAUCACAUCCCUGCCCUGGUGCCUGGAAUUGUUUUCUCCUUGACUGAUAAGUCCAGCUCCUCCAACAUGAAGAUUGAUACACUGUCUUUCCUUCACGUUGUUCUUUGCAACCACUCCCGGGAAGUGUUCCAUCCCCAUGUUAAGGCACUGCUACCGCCCGUUGUGGCUUGCAUAGGAGAUCCCUUUUACAAGAUAACAUCAGAAUCCCUGCUAGUGACUCAGCAGCUUGUGAAAGUCAUUCGGCCCCUGGAUGUGCCUUGUACGUUUGAUGCCAAACCUUAUGUGAAAGACCUGUUCUCUGCUACUCUAAAGAGGCUGAAAGCUGCUGACAUUGAUCAGGAGGUGAAGGAGCGGGCGAUCUCUUGCAUGGGACAGAUUGUUUGCAACCUUGGAGACUACCUAAGCAGCGAUCUCCAGCCAACCUUGAAGAUUUUUCUGGAGAGGCUGAAAAAUGAAAUAACUCGGCUGACCACGGUCAAAGCACUCACUUUGAUUGCUAGCUCUCCCCUCAAAAUAGACUUACGGCCCAUUCUAGCAGAAGGAUUCCCCAUUUUGGCUUCCUUCUUGCGUAAGAAUCAGCGGGCCUUGAAACUGAGUACCUUGACAGCUCUGGACAUCUUGAUCAAGAACUACAGCGAUAGCCUCAAGCCGGCCAUGAUUGAGUGCGUUCUAAUGGAGCUCCCUGAUUUAAUUAGCGAGAACGAUAUGCAUGUUUCUCAGGUGGCUAUCACCUUCCUUACUACCUUGGCAAGGGUGUAUCCCUCUGCCUUGUCCAAGAUCAGCGGGACAGUUCUCUCGGAGCUGUUUCAGCUUGUUUACUCACCUUUGAUGCAGGGGGGAGCUCUGAAGGCCAUUGUGGACUUUUUUCAAGCCUUGGUUGUCACCAAGACGGUCAACAUGAACUAUGCUGAACUGCUGAAGCAACUGACAGGCCCGAUCUACUCCUCAAGCCCUGGCGGGGUAAGUUUACAUAAGCAGGCCUAUCACUCGGUUGCCAAAUGUGUGGCUGCCCUUUCUUCUGUAUGUCCCAAAGAAGCCCCGGGGGUCGUAAGCCAGUUCAUCCAGGAUGUGAAGAAUCCCAAGUCCAGCGCAGCUGUGAAAAUGUUGGCCUUCCUUGCCCUGGCCGAAAUCGGCCGCACCACGAACCUCAGUGCUCAGAAGGAGCUCAAAGCUGUGAUACUGGAUGCCUUUGCUUCGCCCAGUGAAGAGGUGAAAUCAGCUGCUUCCUAUGCUCUUGGGAACAUUAGCGUCGGCAGCCUGAAAGAAUACCUCCCCUUCAUGCUCAAAGAGAUUGGAGGCCAGCCGAAGCGGCAAUACCUGCUGCUCCACUCCUUGAAGGAAGUCAUCAGCUCCUCCCCGGCAGACAGCCUAAAGCCCUACGUUGAGGACAUCUGGGCCCUGCUCUUCAAGCACUGUGAAUGCGCAGAGGAAGGGACGCGCAACGUUGUGGCUGAAUGCCUGGGGAAACUGACUGUUGUGAAUCCUUCUCAGCUGCUGCCCAGGCUGAAAAAACAACUGUCUUCAGGUUCCCCGUAUGCUCGAAGCACAGUAGUUACUGCAAUCAAAUUCACCAUUUCAGAUCAUCCACAACCCAUUGAUCCCCUUCUGAAAGGAUGCAUAGGUGACUUCUUGAAAACACUUCAGGAUUCUGAUUUGAAUGUCCGGCGUGUUGCUUUAGCCAUGUUUAAUUCUGCUGCUCACAAUAAACCUUCUCUAAUCCGAGAUCAGCUCAGCACAGUUCUACCCCACCUAUACAAUGAAACGCAGAUUAGAAAGGAACUCAUACGAGAGGUAGAAAUGGGGCCAUUCAAACACACAGUUGAUGAUGGCCUUGAUGUGAGGAAAGCUGCUUUUGAGUGCAUGUACACGCUUUUGGAAAGCUGCCUUGACCGACUGGACAUUUAUGAGUACUUGAAUCAUGUGGAAGAUGGCUUGAAAGAUCAUUACGAUAUCAGGAUGCUGACUUUCAUUAUGCUGGCUCGCCUGUCAACACUUUGUCCUAAUGCAGUUCUACAAAGAUUAGAACGUCUUGUUGAGCCCCUGCGAGCAACUUGCUCUACUAAGGUAAAAGCUGGCUCCGUGAAACAGGAAUUUGAAAAGCAAGAUGAACUGAAGCGCUCAGCAAUGAGGGCAGUAGCUGCUCUAUUGACCAUCCCGGAUGUAGAUAAAAGCCCGGUAAUGGCAGAAUUUUCUUCCCAAAUCAGAGCCAACCCUGAAAUGUCUUCACUUUUUGAAAGCAUUCAAAAGGAUUCUAUUUCAUUAUCUACUACAGAUUUAAUGGACAUGAGCUAGAAUUCCUGUGCACUAUUCUUCUACUUCCUACAAUCCACUAUGCUCUGAGGGUGGAAGAUCAAAUUCUAAAGCUGAUUUUAGAUACAGAUGUCAUUUUAAAAAUGGCAACUAUUUCUACUAAGGUUUUAAGACAUGAUAAAAGUGAUGGCUAGACCUGUUGGUGUCAAUAGGGCAACACCACUUUUAAGUUGUCAGUUAUUCCUUAGUUCAGAUACACAAUCAUGAAUUUCUGCCAAACGUUAUGCAUCAACUCUAGCUGCUUUACCUAGACAAUUGAUAAUUAUUUGCUAUCACUACAGUGAUGGCAGCAUGAUAGCAUUUUUAAAAGCAGUGGUGAUGAAGUCUUGCUAUAUCCAAGAUCUAGUCAAUGGCUGUUGAGCUUCCAUCUUCACCUAAAUUAAAUAGCAGCUUUCAUGUGUGCUAAUAUUAUGACUAAGUGACUUUCAUAGUUGCAUACAGUGAAUUAAAGCUAUUGCCCUGACCCCUCUUUAAAAUCUAGAUGUCAAAACUAUGGAAGUGACCCAACUGUCUUCUAGGAUGGAAUGCCUUAUGGUUAAUUACCAUGUUACCACACCCUCCUUGAAUACAGCAGUUUCUUCUUGUAUGCACCCUAUGGCUACAGUUUACUGAUUUUUUUUAAAAAGAGAAGCUGAUACCAAAGCACUGAUUAUUUCAAACUACAAAAAGUUAGCAUUUUAGUCCCAAGAGCCAUUAAUGUGGUAUGAUGUAGUAAUGAAUGGCACCAUCUUGUUAUAAAAAUGCUAUUGUACUGUUAUGCCCAACAAAAGCGUGCUGCCGUUUACUUUUCUGUUCAGCAGUGAUAUUGACUUCUUGCAACCGUGGAUUACUAAGCUUCACUUUUAGGGUUUAUUCCACUCAAGUCAGUUUAUGAAUCACUUAAGUGCUCUAUUUAUAAAACAGGGUGUCACUUUUUGUUCUACAUAAAAUGCCUCAGAAUAAAGAUCAUAAAUGCAUCAGUA